GGCAAUAAUGUCCUUUGUGACAGUAUAGUAAUAUUUAAUUCUUCAAUUAAACGUAUUGCAAUGAAAUUCGACUCAAAGUUCUGCAUUCUGACCAGCAUUUGUAUGAUUUCGUUAAUAUAAGAACAAUUUCAAGAUCAUACAUUUUCGUUAAUAAACGAAAUACUUGAAAAUUGCACAUUUUAACAUCAACACAAUAAACACAACUCAGUUAACGGUUAAUCAAGACGUAAUCGUCCGAAAGUAAUUAAAAAUUCACUGUCGCACAUGUAUUUUUAUUUAUAAAUUCCGUAAAAAGUAUAUAAACUAAUAGUAUUAAUAAAUCACCGAUAAAUGCUAGUUAAAGCACUCGAUUCAAUAUUUCGUGUACUAUUUCGCGUUUUCAAUCUAGAAACAGCCAACAAAUUAUACUCGAAGCGACGAGAGAUUCACUACGGUGAUACGAGAUGUGUUUGAUUAUGAGCGUUUAAAGAAGCAAUUAUCGCCCGUAAUUAUCGCAAUGUAGAAAUAAUUUCAAGUUAGCUAACGCUUUGAUUCUUGGACGUAAAGAUCUCAUGUAUGAAUCGCGCUAGAUAUCUGCCUUGCUGGCUAAUCGAGCGAGCAUCGAUGGCAAAUGGCGAAAAUUCAGCAAACGCGUAUCAAGAAAUAAUAAUACGAUAUGUAGAGCGGCGCGGGUAUAAUCGAUUUAUUUGACACCGCGUGAAUGAACAUGCGUACGGUGUCACCUUGUAUUGUUUCACCGAGCGCCGUAGACCGAGCGUGGAUUCCAAGAAUUGAUGACGUAGCUUCGUAAACAACUCGGUCGUUAAACCGAGCGCCGCGCCGGUUACAAAAAACUACGUAGCGUGAACACCUCGAACGACAAUAAUCUAUUGUGCCGAAUCAGUUGACGAGGCUCAGUCGAAUUGGGCGGAUGUCCCGCGAGUGUUCGCAUCGUUUCUCGUAACGCGAUCGUCUCGUACGCGAGUUAUUAACAUUUAUCAAUCGCGUUUAAGUACUCGCCGCGAUCCGCAAACAAGUCGUUGAUUUCUACGGCGAUUUAUGAAGGUGAAUAACACGCGUGAUUUGAAGAGAAAAUACGAUAAGGGAAUUACAUACGUAAAUUAUUAGUGCUAAUACCUUUUUUAACGAUCAAACUCGGAUAAAUCUAUCUCGCGUCGUGCUUGAAAAUUUUCGUCGGUUCAAAUUAAACAUUUAACACUCUCGGAUCAAAAGCGCAAAGUAAUGCAUAAAUCGUCGAGUGAAAUAAUAGCGAAACAUUUUAAUAUACUGAUCGCUUGCCAAGAAAUAAUAUCUCUAACAAUUAAACGAACAAAAGUGCGCGUAUAACAUAAAGUUUCUUUCUCGUCGCGUUCGGGAGUGCCGUUUACCCAAUCGAGCUACAGAUCUAUCGGCCUAAUCGAACUGCAGCCUCAGUGGUCGAGCUGGCUAAGACGCCCGUCACGGAUUGAGGGAGGAUUCAGGGUAGAAAGCGUGACACAAGAGGGAAGCAACAUAAGUAAAGGAAAAACGAAAUCGGCUGUAAAAUCUCAGACACAGCAGACGUUCUCGUGACGGGAGAUAAUCUUCAUCGUGGAGACACUCACGAUCAACUGAUGAGCGAUAUCGACGGUCUAGAUUCGGGAUACGACAAUGAGUCAAUUUGUCACGGUGCAAGUUGGCCAAUGUGGAAAUCAAAUAGGAUCGGCUUUCUGGCCCCUGGCCUUGCACGAAUACGGCAUCCAGACCACCACCGGUGGUGUGAAUCUGCUCAAGGUGCAACGAGACCACGUCAAGCACAUCGGCGAUCUUUCCGACGGGUUCACCAGCUUUUUUCACGUCCCCAAUGACAAGCGUAGAGCACAUUUUCAAGACGUGGCCGACCUGAACGUGGCGAAAGUUAAAGCUCGGGCUGUCCUGGUGGACAUGGAAGAUAGCGUCGUAUUGAGGUUUAAACAGGGUCCGUUGCGCAAGUUGUUCGAUCAGACGUGUACCGUGACGAGUUAUCCAGGAUCUGGAAACAAUUGGGCGGUAGGUUAUCACACUCACGGCGGCGAAUAUCGCGAUCGUUUGGAGGAAAGCGUGAGACACGUGGUCGAGAAAUGCGAUCGGCUUCACGGAUUCUUAUCGAUGCAUUCUCUAGGCGGUGGCACUGGCUCUGGAUUAGGGACGGCGAUCUUGAAGCUGUUGAAAGACAAUUACCCUCAUGUAGAAAGAAUUGUCGCCUGUGUGUAUCCAGCGAACACACAGGACACCGUAACCGCCCCUUACAACACCUUGCUUGCAACCCGAGAACUCGUGGAGCACGCCACGUGCGUGCUUCCCGUGGAGAACAAAGCACUCUUGGAUAUAUGUAACGCGCAAAUUAAUAAACGAGAUAACGCGGGCCAAGUGAAAUAUAACGCCUCGUGCAGACCGUUUCAGGACAUGAACAGUAUCGUUGUCAAUAUGCUUCUGCACUUGACCAGCGGAUCCAGGUUUCCAGGCAGCUUGAAUAUGGAUAUGAACGAAGUGGCCACGAAUCUAGUGCCUUACCCAAGAUUACAUUAUAUAUUCAGCAGCAUCAGCCCCGCGACUUUAUCCGCCCCGAAUAUGUGCACCACGCAGGAAGCGAAACUGCAGGACGAAGCGUUCACGAACGCGUGGUCCCGGAAUAAUCAGUUGAUCAGAUUAGAUCCACUUCAGUCUACUUCCGUCAUUCUUGCGGCAGCGCAUAUUGCAAGGGGAAAUACCACCUUAACUGAUAUAAAGCGAAAUAUUGAGAGGUUUCAAAACAAAUCGAGAUUUACUUCGUGGAGUAGGGAUUGUAUGAAAAUAGGAUUGUGUUCCGUUCCUCCAGCAGGACAUUCGUCGUCAUUACUGUGUCUUCUUAAUUCGUCCGCCAUGUCCUCGCUAUUCAAAGAUAUAAUCCAAGAGUUUUCUAAACUGUACAAGAAAAAGGCACAUGUCCAUCACUAUACACAGGUACAUGGAUUUGAAGAAACGCAUUUUAUUGAAAGCAAAGAAAGUGUCCUUAAUUUGUGUGAAUGUUAUGCAGAAAUACAAAGUAUGGAGGAGACAAAUAUCUCUAGAUUGCAGGUAAUUUGAAGUCAGUUUGUAAAA